AUGCAGGAAUCGGGACAACAGCAAACGGUUGCAAGUCCAGUGAGCACGCCAAGAUCGAAAAAACCCAAGAAAAACAAACCAACAAAUUUAAUAUUGACACCAACAAUGGAGGAGCAACGCCAAAGUACAGAAAUUUCGAUUGAAAUUAUUAAGAAGGCCGAAGAGACCUAUGUCGAUGAGGCUGUGAAAAUAAAUGAUGGCCGUUUUCGAUUCGGAGACCAAAUUGAAAUUGGUCAAGAUGGAAUUUAUUCCAUGAUGACGCCAGAAAAUUUUGAAACAGAAUCCAUGAGCUCCUUAGAUGUUCCAGAUAAUUCCUCCCUGUCUACUGUAAAUUCACCUAGUACAGCAUCCACUUUUUAUUUAAACCCAGAUCAACACAUGCAAUAUGAGGAUCUGCAAGAAAUUUGUAAAUUAGGAAGAGGCGCUUCUGCCACAGUUUCCAAGGUUGUAAAUAAGAAGACCAAUCAAGUCUAUGCUAUGAAGAGAAUUAAUGUUGAUCUACAGGAUCAAAAACCCAAACUAAUCGUGUCAGAAUUUAAGGCUCUGUAUAAUUGUGAAUGUCCCUAUGUUAUGACGCUCUACGAUGCUUAUUAUAGACAAGGAUGUAUUUUUAUGAUUCUAGAAUUUAUGGAUUGUGGAUCUUUGGAAGACAUUUUAAAGACUGUUGGAAAAAUUCCAGAGGUAAUACUUUCACGUAUGUGCGAACAAAUGCUGAUAGGACUCAAUUACCUCCAUUCUGUUAAAAAGAUAGUUCAUCGUGAUAUUAAACCUGCGAACGUUCUUGUUCACAGCAGCGGUAGAGUCUGUAUCGCUGACUUUGGAAUGUCUGGAAUGGCCAAGUCUCAAAAGUACGUUCAGGCCAUUCAACAAACAGCUAAAUGGGAAACAUUCUGCGGCACAUAUGUCUAUAUGAGUCCAGAAAGGAUUAAGGGACAACCUCAUUCGUAUGACAGCGAUAUUUGGGCCUUUGGUCUUACCGUAGCAGAGAUGUUUUUGGGAUUUUUCCCUUUCAUUUUGAGCUCAAGCUCUACCAUAUGGGACAUGAUCAACCAUUUGGAGAAGACCAAUGAAGCUCCAUUCCCUCUUGAAGGAGCCUCACAAGAUUUUAAGGAUUUUGUUUAUUCAACUUUGCGGUUCCACAGGAAAGAACGACCUUCAGCUGCCUCACUUCUCUCUCAUCCUUUCAUUACGAAAUACAAACACAAGAAACCAUCGUUUGUUGAAAAAUGGCUCUAUUACUCAUACAUCAUCCCAAAACAAUUAGCAAAAGGAAAAACCAUGAUGAAAUCUGAACAACAGUGCGAAUCUCAUGUGCAUUCUUGUGAGGAUCUUGUCAUUAAGGACACAUUUACAAAUGCAGAGUAG